AAGGGACGGAGGAGCUCUUCCAAUCUUGACGCCCCGCUCGCUUCUCUUAUUCGCAUCGAUACGUACAGCAACGUGCGCGCUGCUCGCAGUGUCCUUUUAGGUCGUGGGUGCUCUUCGACGUGCCUUCGAGUUGCCCGUUGAAUACGUGCCUCCGAGCGUUCGAGGGGGAAGGGGGUUAAAUUUUUAACUUGGGCAUUUUAUCGAACGACUCGCUCUCUCCACCUACUCCUUGAGUUCCCCGCGCAAAUUGAACGCUAGCUAGCUAGAUACCUCGAAACAUGAAUAUGGGGACCGGCGCGCGCUCGCCCUCGCCUCGCCGACGAAGUGCUCUUCUACUUCGGUGCCGCAGCGGCGUCUCCUCCUUUACUCGUGGAUCUUCUUCUCCCAAGGCCACCCCGUUGUCGUCUUCACUCUCCAAUUCGCACCCUGUCGCCCUCCAGCGCUCCCACUCGGCUUCCAAGAUCACACCUUCGCAGCAGGUCUUUGACGACGCCGCCGAAGCUGAUCCCUCCAAGGAGAACCGCCGGUGCCUCUCCGCGCCCGACCCGAAGCCGAGGCCGCCGCCGCCUUCCGCCUGGGCGCUCUCCCCCGGCCGCUCCCCGCCGCGUGGCGCAGAGCACGACUCCAAUGUUGGUAAUAAGGCCAAAGGACGGAUCCCGGCUUGGGCACGAUCGCCUACCCGGACGUACGCGAUCACUUCGCAGAACCAGGCGCGCCGAGAGCCUGUGGCGGCCUCCGGCGGGAAGAGGGGCGGGGACGGUGGCGGAGUCCUGGGUCUCUUCAGGAAGAGGAAGGAGGCAGCGCCGGCCGACGAGGAGUGGCACCAGCUCCGGCUGCUCUCGUCGCGGCUGGCGCAGUGGCGGUUCGCCAACGCCAAGGCCGAGGAGGCCAUGGAGGUCUCCCGGCGAAACGCCGACGAAAAGCUGUUCGACGUCUGGUUGGGUGUCUAUGAGUUGAGGAAUCUCGUGGCGGCCAAACGGGUUUUGGUUCAACGAAGAAAGCAGAAGAUGAAGCUGUUUCAAAUCCUUCAACCGCAGGCUCUUCUCCUGAGCCACUGGAAGCCCCAUGCAAAGAAGCACAUUGAAGCUGUAGCCAUCCUCGUGAGGCUCUUAGGCACUGCUUGCCUCUCGCUUCCUCUGGUCGAAGGAACACAGGCCGACUUGGUGUCAGUCCAUCUCAACAUGAGCACGUCAAUGGAGAUCAUGAAGGAAAUUGCUGGUGCAGCAGGAAUCUUUUACUCAGAGGCUGGAGAAGUAGACGCAAUCCUCAUCGAGUUGGUCAAAAUAAUAAGAUCAGAGAUAGAAAGUCUGGAGGAAUUGAUCAAGAUUUGUAGAAGAGUCACUUCAUUGGAGAUGCAUGAACUGAGCCUUCGAGCGCAGAUGUUUCAGGUGAUAAAAGAGGAAGACGAACGCAUCUUUGUUUAUCCUCAGCGCAGAGCUGAAAUUUGCAAAGAUACAUUCACAUCAGUGCGUCCGGUGCCGUAUCGCACUCUUGUUUGGACUAUUUACUAACUAUUACAGCUUCCUGAGAAAAUCAAAGCACAGCAUUGGAUCGAACAAGCUUACAUAAUGGCGUGCGUGCGUGUGUGCGUGUGUGCGAAUGUAGCAGUAUUAGGAUGCAUUUGUUGCAGAUUAUUUAAAUGGGGCACUGGAUUUUUCAUUUAUUUUCUCAACAAAGAAAGAGGAUUGUAAGUUGUAACGAUGACUGACGGGCCGCAUAGUUAAUUUGAUUUGAUCGGUUCAA